AUGAAGUCGACACUCUUCCUUCUGGCCACCCUCGCAAAUGCCGCGCCCGCCGACCUCUCGUGGCAGACAGACCUCUCCGCCCCCGUCAGGGGCGGCGCUGCCAAGGUCUACGGCCUCGUCCACAACGCUCUCUCCGCGCCCACCCCUCGAUUCUUCGGCGAUGCCACCAAGAACACCCCAUACUUCCUGUCAGCGUGCAACUAUGUACGAGUAGAGAGCCCGCCGGGCUACAUCUCCUAUGGCUUCCAGGUUGGCCUGCCCGUCUCGGGCGAGCACGAAGAGAAUGAAAAGUUUUGCGACGCGCUGCGCGAGAGAAUAUCACAUCCCAUGCCACGGGGGAGAGGGGAUAUCGAGAUCACAAAAUGGAGGUGUGAGAAUGAUGGACAUGGGAAUCGAUGGAUUGGUUUCAGAACCGAGGCGGUGAUUGACGAGAGGAUGAUGGUCGGGCGUGUCAAGGAGGGUGCGUUCCCCAACGUCUACUGGCUCUCGCGCGAGCACUGUGCUGCUCAAAAAGAUGAGUUGCGGAGGGUCAAGGACCAGAGAGAAGGCCAUGUGAAGAGACACGAGGUCCCUCUUCCCGGCGAGGUGGGCAAGCAUGGCAUUCCACCUCCCGUCAUCGGAUACGGCCGUGCGACGUGCAUCGCCGAAUACUACAGUGAUUCCAGUGCCAGGUUCAACUUGAACAUCGGCCUGCCCUUCUUCACCGGCGAGGCUUGCGAAAAGGUCCGAUGGGCGAUCGAACACCCUGCAGGCAAGGAGUUUUUCAAACUUCCACACUGGGAGUGCAGCCCGGCCGGCUAUGGCUACACCUGGAUCAGCAUCGGGGCCAGACCGGAGCAAGCGGAAGGCAUCACAAAGUCCCUCGAAGAGGGCUAUGCCCAGGCGGGAUACAAGGACAUGAAAUUCGACAAGGACGAUAUCUGCAAGGUCCGAGAGAAGGGAGAGGAGCGGAAGAAGGAGCGUGAUGCUGCGCUGCUCGACGCGAAUGGCGAUCAAAAGCCGACAUGA